AUGGGAGUUCCUGGAUUUUUCAAGUGGCUGGCGCAGCGGUACCCUCUCAUAUGUGAAACGUAUCGAGGAUCCGCUGCUGAGAAGGAUGACGCCUUCCGCCUGCUCAGGUCGCUUGAACGAUCAGAGGACGAUGAGGAAUCCAAAAAUGUACCCGAUGGAUUCGAUAAUCUCUACCUAGAUGUCAAUGGAAUCGUUCAUAACUGUUCCCAUAGCAUCGAAGAACUCUGUCAAGGCAUACGAUGUGAGGAAGAUAUUUUUAUACUCAUAUUUCAAUACAUUAACAAUCUAGUUAAGAUUGUACGGCCACGGCAACUGCUGUACCUAGCCGUCGAUGGAGUUGCGCCAAGGGCUAAAAUUGUCCAGCAGCGUGACAGACGUUACAGGAGUGCACGAGACCGUAAUAAAAAUGAAGUUAUAUUCAAAACAAUGCAAGAAGAACAGGAUCCGCAAGUUAAAGUAGAAGAAAAAGAUGAAAAUCAAUUCAAAUUCGAUCCUAUCGAAAUAACCCCCGGGACACCAUUUAUGCAACGAUUAUCAGACAGACUAAAGUACUUCGCUCACAUGAUGAUCCAUGAAAACAAGUUUUCCAGGAACCUUAAAAUCGUGGUUAGUGGAUCGGAUGUACCCGGUGAAGGAGAACAUAAGAUUAUGGAAUACAUACGUAACGACAAAGCCCGUAGACAUGAUCAGGACCGUGCUGGGAUGUCAAAGCAGUACGUAUCACACUGUAUAUAUGGACUCGAUGCGGAUCUCAUCCUUCUGGCACUUGCAACGCAUGAACCUUACAUAUGUUUAUUGAGAGAACAGAUAUACUUCUCCAAUAAACACUCGCAGGUCAGGAUGAUGAUGAACAUGAAUGACUAUGUAUUCUUGCACAUAGGGAUACUCAGGGAAUAUCUACUUAACGAUAUGAUCCUAUCUGAUGAUUUAAGAAUACGCCCUAGAACGAUAGACAGGGUUAUUGAUGAUUUUGUUUUCAUAUCAUUGUUCAUGGGCAACGAUUUUUUACCACAUGGUAAAUUUGCUAAAAUUCAGGAUGGAGGACUUAACACAUAUCUCCGCUAUUAUGCCAAAUUCAUCGAUGAUAAGUUUAAAGCUACACCUUUUGGUGAUAUAUGGCUGGUAACGGGAUGUGGAGAAAUACAUUGCUUUAAUCUACUUAGUUUCCUACAUGUACUCUCGAGACGUGAGUACGGCAAAAUUACAGAUGAAUUGAAGGGAACCAAUGAAAGUAAUAACAAACAUGAAGGAAGAAGGGGACAUAAACCUGUUGACGGCGAAAUCACCGUUGUGGAUGUAGCAAACUGCUGCAUCUCAAAGGACACUUCGGAAUUCAAAAGUAGAUUCCGUGGUCAACCCACAUCAGUACCUGAGUGGAGAUCGCGGUAUUAUCUUGCGAAGAUGGGAAUUGCAAGUGAUGUCAUAGUUCAUCGGCUUAGUAGUAACUUUGACCCUGAUACACAACGCAGUACCAUACCUGAGGUCGUACGUGACUACCUGGUUGGCCUACAGUGGGUCAUGGAUUAUUAUUACCAUGGUGUCCCCUCGUGGACGUGGCAUUUACGUUGCAAAUAUCCACCGCUUAUAUAUGACGUAAAGAACUUCCUACAAGAAUUGAAAAAGGAACAUGACAGGCUCAGUCGUCCAGCUGUAUGGUCAGAUGCCGCAGUAACAUUGUCACAACUAAUGGAUAUUAGAUUCGACCUCUCCUCUCCGGUUACCCCGUUUGAACAACUGAUGAUGGUAUUGCCGCCGUCGUCGGCUCACCUUCUUCCAAGCAUAUUCGCGAGUAUCAUCACCGAUCCGGAGUCACCUCUGAAAAAGUACUACCCAGAGAAUUUCGAUAUCGAUAUGGACGAUACUAACGUACAAUGGGGAGGUGUAACACUUUUACCAGUGGUUCCGCCAAUGAAGUUGAGGAGCUUAAUGAACGGAGCUUUGCACUCAAACGGUGAUACUAAGUUCCAAGCUGGUCCUCAAGAUGCACUGCUUUACAUGGAAUCUAGCAAGCUUUCGGAAGACGAAAAGUUGAGAAAUGGUGAAGGAAUAGCUAGGAUAUAUUACUAUGAUCCCACAGUGCCAGGAAAAACAAUCAAGUCACCAAUGAAAUUUUUCCCGGAUAUACUGCAUUGUCAGGUGACAUACAGACCGUUUUACAAUCCGACACUGAGACGUGGUCAAUCAUUCCCACCACAACUCAUGAUGUAUGAUCAGGCUGCAGCUACCUUCGGUAGUCCUAGCUGCCAGAGGGGUUACAACAUUUGGUUCCCCUCACUGAACUCCAUACCAUUCACGCCAUUCGUACGUGGAGGAGUUCAAAUAUUCCAAAUGAAAUCAUAUUUACCAAGUUUGUUCCUUUGGAUAAAGCAACCGCUACAUAGUGGCGCUGUGCGCAAUUUCAGUAAUGCUUCAAAGGCCAAAUACGUCACGGUUGGAUAUCCGUACCAACACAUUGGAAGACUGGAAGCAAUAUAUACCCCUUAUGUGACAAUUCAAGAUGGAAAUGUAUUUAUGGGCAAUCCGAGGGAACUUGCGGAUAUGUUAGUGGCCGUACGACAGGACAUGGUGAAAAGGGGUAUAGUAGUCAGUUUGGCAUGCCCAGAUCCAAAUAUUCACAUCGAGUGUGACCAAAGUACAUUAAUGAGGAGUGCAGAGCUCAUAUCUAAAAUGUUCAUCGGUCUUCCAGGAUGCGCGCUUACGUCUAAUAUGCCAUCUGUACAACAAGCAAAAAUAGCAGGUCUGGACAACAUAUGUGAAAACGUCGUUGUACAGUACCGUCUGGUGGAUAUUAACCUACAGGAUACCACGAAAUCAGAACGUGCUAUAAUCACCUUCGUACGUUUUGUAGAUCAUGUAGCAGAAGGUGUACCACAACUGAAUCGUACAGUAUACCUUGAUGAAAUGAAAUAUAAACCGGAUAUGAUAUUGUCAAACCAGCUCAAUGAGAUGGUGGCACUUAAGAAUGCAGUUAAACAACAUGAGUUGACAUAUGGAAGGUUUUCUAAGCCGUUAGUAAAGGUGAUAUGUGUAAUGGAAGGGUCACUGUAUGGCUGUGUAGGAGCAAUCCGUGACGUCGGAAAUACAUUUGAGGAUGUUAGUGCAGUCUUCCCGAUCCCUGACUACACAGUCACCAUUGCUGCCAAUGCAACCCACCUAUUUGAGCGGCAUGUAAAAAUAGCGCUGCUAAUAAAAGCGAGGCCAACUAUAAAGUGGUACAAAUUGCCCGAGAUUUGUCAGAUGUUGAAUAUGGCAAUUACCACUGCCUCGGCAACUUUUCACCUACUGACUUCGGGGACCUUCCACGAUGAAGUAGGUAUGAACCUAGUACUUUGGAAUGAAGAGAAAUCAUGUGUAAUGUGUCUUCCUGGUUACACUCGCUGUUCAAACGAGGUGCUUGUAAAUCCACAAAUGGCAGAUCCCGAUAUGCUUCUGAUGAAUGUGGAGUACUCUGAGGGAGUGUUGGAACUAGUCAGUGGUUAUCGCGAGCGUUUCCCGGAAAUAUUUGAACAUUUUGACAAAAGCAAAGUAAGACCGAAUAACUCUGCCCGGGGCGGCUACAGGUACCACAUUAAUUUGGAUCAUGUGUUUACCGGUACACCGGAGGUUGUGGAAUAUAAGAAGGAACAAUUGCAGGAAUAUUUAGCUGCACAACCGUUCCGCCGGUUGAAACUCACAGUAGGAACUUACAGUUGUUAUACAGAGGAUACUAUUGAAGAGAUAUCAACUAUAUACGAUGAGAACUCAAUGCCUGAUACUGGACAUAUGGCUACUUGUGUAUUAGUUCGAUUGACACACAUCAAAAACUUCCAUAUACCCUCUUUCCAUACAGGUACAGUAUUUAUGCGAGAAGAAGAGGUUAGGUUGGGCCUCUCUGUUGUGUACAUCAACCAUAAUGAAGCAGUGCCUCUGGGUACACGGGGCACUAUCGUUGGGAUUUACCCACAAAAUCCUGACGGCACAGGAAGAUUAUUUGAGUUAAUUUUAGAUCGUCCAUACGUUGGCGCAAGUCAACUGUUUGGACGUUGUGGGAACAUGCGAGGCGUAUUCGUCUCGGUUACGGACAUAUUACCUAUCUUUGCCCAUGGAAUAUUGGACAUCGAUACAUGGUAUAUGCUUAAUCAAGCUAAAGAUCGGGCCAACACACCGUACAUAAGUUACGCGUAA